CCUUGGUGUAAUGCGCAUGCGUUAUUUUGGGUUAUUUUAUUUCCGGAUUACAGGCCGGUGUGUUUAGACUUGGUAUAAUUCACUUAAUUCUACAGAAAAUGGGGAGCUAUGAACAAGUCAAGUGCUUUGCAAGUUUACCAAGAACAACAAGAGGCAAGCCCCUGGUCCUGAAUGGAGACCCAAAGAACAAAGCCAACAUGCUGUAUACCAAUGGAAACAGCGUCAUAAUUAGGGAUGUCGAGAAUCCAGCAGUUUCAGACAUCUACACUGAGCAUGCCACUCAGACCACAUGUGCAGCUUACUCCCCCAGCGGAUUCUAUAUAGCAUCUGGAGACAUGUCUGGUAAAGUUCGGGUUUGGGAUACAGUAAAUAAGGAGCACAUUUUGAAAAAUGAAUACCAGCCAUUUGCUGGAGAAGUGAAGGACAUAACCUGGUCUGGAGACAGUCAGAGGAUUGCAGCAGGUGGACAGGGAAACCAAAAAUUUUCUCAUGUGUUCACUGCAGACAGUGGGAAUUCCCUGGGUGAUUUGAUUGGUCACAGUGCUGCAGUGAAUGCCAUCAGUUUCCGUCCAGAGCGGCCAUUUAGACUGGUCAGUGCCAGUGAGGACAAUAGCCUCUGCUUCUAUGAGGGCCCACCAUUUAAAUUCAAAGUCUCCCUGAAGGACCACACAAACUUUGUAAAUGCAGUCAGGUACUCCCCAAAAGGAGAAGUAUUUAUUAGUGGUGGCGCAGACAAAAGGGCUUUUAUAUAUGAUGGAAAAACUGCUGAAAAAAUUGGAGAACUUGGUUCACCUUCUGCACACAAUGGUGGAAUUUAUGCUCUGUGUUUCAAUGAUGAUGGGUCACAAGUUCUGACAGUGUCUGGAGACAAAACGGCCAAAAUAUUUAAAGUUCCCAGUGGAGAAUUAGUUCAGACGUUUGAGAUGGGUAAGACAGUAGAGGACAUGCAGGUGGGUUGUUUGUGGCAGGGAAACAGCAUUCUCACAGUGUCGUUGUCAGGGUUCAUCAACUACCUAGACGUAAACAACCCCUCCACACCACGACGAGUGUUAAAGGGACACAAUAAACCAAUCACUGCCAUGGCUCUUUGUGAAGGGACAAUCUAUUCAGCUGCUGGAGCCCAGGACUCUCAUAUCAAUUACUGGGAUGCAGGAACCGGAGAGAAUGACCGGUUUACUGGUACCGGUCAUAAGAACCAGAUUCAGGAUAUGGUAAUUUCUAAUGGAGAAUUAAUCACAGUUAGUAUGGAUGACACCCUCAAGUUCUCCAACGUGGGUAGUAAACAGUUUGGAGAAUCCCAUAGCUUAGAAUCCAUGCCCAAAGCAUUGGCAGCAGGGUCAAUGUUUGUGGUAGUGGCUUGUAUCAAACAUGUGGUCGUUUUCCAGAAUAGAGCUAAGACUUUCUCUCAGGCGGUGCCUUAUGAACCAGCCAGUGUGGCCAUGCAUCCCAGUAGACCUGUGGUAGCUGUCUGUGGAACCACUGACAAGAAGAUUCAUCUGUACAGUAUCAGUGAAUCCAAUGGAGCCCUACAGGAAUUACAGACCAUAGACAACGAGGGCGUGGCGGGGGACAUGAUGUUCUCUCCUGAUGGCGAGUAUCUGGCGACAGCUGGGGUCGAUAGAUACGUCAGGUGCUUCAAACUUCCAGAUUACGAGCUGGUGUUUAGUGAUCCCACGCACUCGGCUCGAGCCACGUGUAUUUCCUGGUCUCCCGAUUCCUCUUUGUUUGCCUCAGGUUCUCUGGAUCAGGGUAUCGUUGUGUGGAAACCUACAGCUCCUCACAGUAAACGUAGUCUGGUCAUCAAAGGUGCACAUAAGAUGAGUCAUCCAACGAGAAUUUGCUGGUUAAACAACGACACCAUUGUAUCAGCAGGACACGACAGUCACAUUAAACAGUGGAAAAUUCAGUUCUAAUUAAACUUAGAUAAUAGACAUUCAUUCUAUAAACUUGUAGUAUUAUCAUCAUUUCUGUUAGGAUUGUGGCCAUAUUUGAGUGGAUGUGUUCAUAUCUAUAGAAAACCAAGGACUAUUUUUCUAUUGCAUUAUGAUAAUGUUUCACAUUUUAUUUAAUGUUGAAUAUAAUGAUAUAACUGCAUUUCUAUUUUUUCAAAUUAUAUUAUAAGAUACUACACAUUUUCAGGGCAAUUUAGAGAAAAUCUGCUGCACAGUAAAGACGAAGUAAAACCGUCUGUUGUGGGCAAAUUUUAAAUCAUUAUUGUCCAGAUUUUUCCAUUUUGUUUGUAUAAUGUAAAUUUUACAUAAAAAUAUAUAUUUAAGAAUGAUGUAUGAAUUGUAAAGCAAUACAGUUAUAUGAUAAAGUAUAACUAUAUUUUAAAUUAGGAGCACUAAAAAAUUUGGGAAGUGUUUUACAUGAAAAUGUAUAAUUAAGAAUGAUCAAUCAUGUGUAUAUUUAAAAAAAUGGUUAAAAUACAAUGUACAAACAUGUAUAUAUAAUUAAUGUCUGAUAUUAGAAAUCUAAGAAUCUUCACAAACUUUUGGUUUUUUUUUAACCCAAGACUGUUUAUUGUUCAUACCUAUGGCUGCAAUAUACAUGUACAUGUAUAAGACUUUUCUGUUGUGCAGUUAUUAAGUGUCUUUUAAAGCCUGUAUUGACAAAACUGAAUGACUACAUUGUUAAAUUUAUAUUAAUUGUGACUUCAGUGUGAUAUUCCUGUUUACUAACACUUCUGUUUCAAUAUUGUAGGUGUGUUGGUUACUGAAAGUCAUUUAACUAAUAUGUUACUAAAUAAUUUGAUGUAUCCCUUGUUUUAUGCAAAAGCCACUUAAAAAACCAAGCAUAUUAAAAUAAUUGAUGUAACAAGUCUAAGCUGUGCUUCCCACUCAAGUUCUGGGUGUUAUGACUACAUUAUUUACUUUAAAGUUAUGUUUAUAUUUACAUUGGAUGGUUUCUGUGAGAAUGCUCGCACUUCUUUCAAUAAAAAAUCCAAAGUUGUAUAAUAAAAGUUGAUAAGUUGUAUAGGGAGACUUAUAGCUCAAUCUUUUUCUUGAGAUAAUUGGUCUGCUACUUUCUUUUUCCUGAAAGCAAAUAUGAAGGUAACACAAUGAAUUUCACAAACACAGUAUAGGACAAAGUGUCCUCUUACCUUUAAUGUUUUAUGUUACAUAGUGGCUUUAUAAAAAGAACUGUAGUAUUAUAUUGAAUCUACAAAUCAUCAGUAUGAUGCAUUACUUUAACUCUUAAGAAUUAAAAAUGAUAUAUUAGUAA